GGGGGUUAGAAGGUUUUUGCUUAUACAUGUUCCUGGGCGGUCACAGAAGGCUCUUCCUUCACACAGCUUCCUGGGUUAAUUAGUAGUCUCAGCGUGUGCUGGGAAGAGAGCACACAAAAGAGCUGUUCGCUGCCUGAACAUCCCCAGCUUCUGCAGAGAGAGGGGAAGGGAGACACACCAAGGCACUGCAGAGCAGACUUUGCCUAAAUGCUUCUAGCCUAUAAGCCUUGAUUGUGAUAACAGCUUUGUCCGCUGCAUGGGAAGAAAUCCCACUAGCCUCAGCCAGCUGUCUACUCAGAAUUUCUCAUGAAAUGAUGGUGAUAUAAGAUGAUAAAUAUGGCAAGCAGGAAACGUCAGAGCACCACGAACAGCAUGCUGGAACAGAGAACGAGAUCCUGCCCUUCGUCUCCUCAUAUCAACCGUCAUAGCAAUGAGGAAUCUAUAUAUGAAGAAACUGUAGUGCAUGAGUAUACAAACACACAGUUGUCUGACAGCAGACAUACUGCAAACAAUCAAGAUGAGCAAGACUGUAAUGAUAUCAGUGGUGAUGGUGACUCCAGCUCAGACUAUGUUAACAAUACUUCUGAUGAGGAAUAUGAUGAAGGACUCCCGGAUGAAGAGGAAGGGAUCACUUAUUACAUCAGAUAUUGCCCUGAAGAUGACAGCUACCUGGAAGGUAUGGACUGCAAUGGAGAAGAGUACAUCCAUCAUGAAGAACAUCAUUUAGAGACAGAUGAAUGCAUUGAAGCUGUAGAAGAUGAAUGGACAGAAUCAAAGAUACAAGAAAAUUGUAUUGAUGAAGAAAUACAGCAAGAAAGUGAGAUGCAUGUCUUGGAGGAGGACAACUCAUCGUCCUUGGAGAUCCAAGAUCAAGAGGAAACAGCCCAAUACAGUGAAAAUGAAGAAGUCUACCAGGAGAACUACUACCCACCAGAAGACAAUGGAAAUUCACUUCCUCAGUCUCCUUUUCAUACAAGGAAAGGGGAAGGAGAUGCAGAAGAUCAGGAGGAGGACAUUGAUCAAAUUGUGGCAGAAAUCAAAAUGAGCAUGAGUAUGAGUAGCAUUAAUAGCACCACUGACAUGAGCCCUGAACAUAGCGGACAAGAAAACAUGCCAAAAGAUCAUACAGAAAUAUGCCAGAAAGCUGAUGUUAGCCAUUGUUCCAAUAACCAUGAAGGAAGGCCAAAGUCUUUAAACAUUCCGUCAGCAUCAAAACACGUCAAUGACACACAAAGGAGUUAUAAAACUAAAGCCAGAACUCCCGAAGAAAGACAGAAGUGGACACAAGAACAGGUUUGUAAUAGUGUUGAACAGCCCAGAAAGCAGCAGCGCUCUGACCUCAAUGGUCCAUCUGAAAAUAACAAUGUGCCUGAGCAGACGAAGAAGGUUGCUUCUUUUCCGAGUUUUGUGGAUGUUCCGGGGCCAUGCGAACCUGAAGAUCUCAUUGAUGGAAUCAUCUUUGCUGCAAAUUUUUUGGGUUCCACACAGCUCUUGUCUGAACGCAAUCCAUCUAAAAAUAUCCGGAUGAUGCAGGCACAGGAAGCUGUUAGCCGUGUAAAGAGGAUGCAGAAGGCUGCCAAAAUCAAGAAAAAAGCGAAUUCUGAAGGCGACUCGCAGACACUAACAGAAGUUGAUCUUUUCAUAUCAACGCAGAGGAUCAAAGUUUUAAAUGCUGACACACAGGAGACAAUGAUGGACCACGCACUGCGAACAAUCUCGUACAUUGCAGACAUUGGCAACAUCGUUGUUUUAAUGGCACGACGCCGUAUGCCAAGAUCUGCUUCACAGGACUGUAUAGAGACAACGCCUGGUGCACAUGAGGGGAAGAAGCAGUAUAAAAUGAUCUGCCAUGUUUUCGAAUCGGAAGACGCACAGCUUAUUGCACAGUCCAUUGGCCAAGCGUUUAGCGUAGCCUAUCAAGAAUUUUUAAGAGCCAAUGGCAUCAACCCGGAAGACCUCAGUCAAAAAGAAUACAGCGACAUCAUCAAUACCCAAGAAAUGUAUAAUGAUGACCUCAUACAUUUUUCUAACUCUGAGAACUGCAAAGAGUUGCAGGUGGAAAAGCUGAAAGGUGAAAUUUUAGGAGUCGUUAUUGUGGAGUCUGGGUGGGGCUCUAUUCUUCCCACUGUUAUUUUGGCUAACAUGAUGAAUGGAGGGCCAGCUGCUCGCUCUGGAAAACUAAGCAUUGGUGACCAGAUAAUGUCCAUAAAUGGAACAAGUCUGGUUGGACUCCCUCUAGCAACAUGUCAAGGAAUCAUUAAGGGCCUUAAGAAUCAAACACAAUUGAAGCUGAACAUUGUUAGUUGUCCCCCAGUCACCACAGUCCUCAUCAAAAGACCCGACUUGAAGUAUCAGCUGGGAUUUAGUGUCCAGAAUGGAAUAAUUUGUAGCCUUAUGAGGGGUGGAAUAGCUGAGAGAGGUGGCGUCAGAGUUGGACAUCGCAUCAUUGAGAUUAACGGACAGAGUGUUGUGGCAACAGCUCACGAGAAGAUAGUUCAAGCUCUUUCUAAUUCCGUAGGAGAGAUUCACAUGAAGACCAUGCCAGCCGCUAUGUUCAGACUCCUUACAGGACAGGAAACACCACUUUACAUAUAAUAGGAAGCAGCCAUCGCAAUAAAAGAAAAUGAAAAACAUGUUUGUAACGAAGAUCAAUAUGUCUAUAAAAUUAUAGAGAUACCGGGAAUACAUUUUGUAUCUUGAAUGAACAAAAAACAAAAAAAACUCUUCAUGGACAAAUGCUCCUACUGAAUUUUCUUGCUUCUUACUUUUGCCAAAGGUGAUGCCAGUUCUAAGCAAGUUUAUCACCAACAAGAACAAUGUAAACCAUUGCAUAAGACAUUCCAAACCAUCUACUUACCAGGAUUAGUAACACGGAUAUUUAUUUGUACCGUACAUGUAGUGUCAAUGUGUCAGUGCUGUAUGUUAUAAUGGUGAAUGUGUCCAAAGUCAACAAUGUGAAGAUGGAAAAACAUAUGCAUCUACCAAUCUCAACCCCGAACUUUACUCUUGGAAGACACAACUUUGUGUUGGUUACAUGAAACAAAGGCGUUGUAUUUAUUUAUGUGUAUAAAGUCUUCUGAUAUCAUUUUUAUUCAAAGAUCAGACCAUUAUACUUUACACAUGGUCCCUGUAUCCUACUCGUUACAUUUCUUUAUAAUGAGCCCCAAUGAGAAUUACACAGACAUCUAAAUUGCUGAUUAUGAUGAUUCAUGCAUACUGCACCUUUAAAGCCUUUGCAUUGGAAAUUAUCUGAAACAAAUUGUGCAUUAAACCUUCUAAUACAUUCAGCAUAAAUUAUUCAAGGCAGCAAUUAGAAAAUGAUUUAACAGCUAUUUCAUUAAAAGAUAUGUAUCUCAACAUAAAUCAACUAGGAGGAGAUUGGCUAAGUUUUCUUUGGAAGCAAUUUAUUGUGUAAUGUAAUGGGGAGUUUAUAAAAUGUCCAUCAACUUAUCCAAAAAUUUAAAAAGUCCAAAAUAAUAAAAACAACAUAUUCAAGUCAGACAUAUCCCUAAAUCUUACCCAAAAAACACGAGAUUACUUAAGACAGAUGUUUAGUGGAAUAAAGAACCCCAAUUCAUUGUAAUAAUGCUGUAAUAUAUAUAAGGCAACAUGCUGUUUAGGUAAUGAGGUUAUAAACGGGUCUCACAUUUUCAAUUUUAUCUGUCUGACUCCUCUACAGAAUACAUUCCUGGAUUAAUUUUCUUUGUUGUUGUGGUCAUUGGUGAGGAGACAAGUAUACAUGUAUAAUUCAAAGUGAACCUGGCUGUUAAUGUAAUGUUGUGAAUUAACAAAAAGAAGUGAAUAGCAGGCAGAAGAAAGCAUUUUCACUGUUAACAUAAUUCAGAUGCAUUCCGGCAAAAUGUAAGAUGCCCUUUACAUAAAUCCAAUAUAAAUGAAAAGAAACAAUAUCUAGAAAUGGUGCUGACAGAUAUAAAGCCAUAUAUACCUCGUUGUGUGUUAUCUAAAUUAUAUGGACAUUUUACUUUAUUCUUCAUCACCAAACAUUCAACAUGACUUUUAGAAAUUUCCAUAUAACACCAUGGCUAUGUCUGUCAAUAUAAAAAAUACGCUAGAUUACCAUAUUUCAGGGCACCAAAAAGUUUAACAGCAUAAGGGGUAGAGCACGCCAUUUGAAAGGUAUACUAAAGACGCCCAGACCACUUCAUCUCAAUGAAGUGAUCUGGGUCCUGUGGUCCCGUCCUUUUAACCCUGCAAUGUAAAACAUUGUUGUUGUUUUUAGAAACAGCCAUGUUUACAUUGCAUGGCUAAAUCCGCAUCUAGAAGCUGUAUUCCUGACAGCCACUUGCGGUGCUUCCAUUGCACUGACCAAAUAAAACUCAGUCACGAUACACGAAAGCUCAUAGGAAAGCAUUGACUACAAUGUUUUCCUAUUGGGAAGCUUGGCUGGGUGGGUGUGGCGCGUGUCGCACAUGUGCAUCAAUGCUCCUUGUGGGGAAGCAUUGGAUUGGAUCGUUGUGGAGGAGGCCAGGCCUCCUCAAUGACAUUGUGGGAGGCAGAGAGAUGAGUACCGCCGAGGGCAGCCUCUGUGCUGUAAAAAGGUAAGUAAAAGUUUGAUUUCAUAAAUAUUUUGUCAAACGGGAGAAUGCUAUAUGUAUAUAUGGACAAGGACACUAUAGCUUUAGGAAUGCAGGUACAUGGAAAUAAAGCAUAGAAUAAUGUGGCUCAGUGUUGCCAAAAAUCUUUUUUUUUUUGUGCUUAUUCUGCAUUUUUACUUCUCAGCUUGUGUUUAUUUGUAUCUGCCAAAAACUCAGCUUAAUCUCAUUACCCACAAGGUAACCUUAGCACCUGUAGGAAAAAAAAAAAGAAGCAGCAAUUUAACAAGGAUCUUACAAUCGCUUUUGUUUUGUUUUUUAAUAACUUGAAAAUAGUACAAGAUAAAAUAGUAAGGGACACUUUUGAUAUUCAGAACAAAGGGCUCCAUCAUAGCAGGUAUGUUUUAGAACAGCGGUGGCCAAGAAAUAGAUCCCUAACAGCUGUAGACCACUUAAGGCUGGUAUAAUUGAAAUUGUAGUUCAACAACAGCUAUUGGGUCUAAAUUGGCCACCUCUGUUCUAAAGGAACAACAGAAGCACCAUUUAUUCUUAUAUAGCACUCAUCACUUUACAUUAACUCUCUGUAGUGGUUAUGGUGUCAGGAGUGCCCUGGAGACCUCCCAUUGCAAAUAGUCAAACCUGUUUGAGUCAACUGUGAGUCGAGGUAAGUUCUAAGACAGUUUGACUACUUAGAGUGGGUGAAUGCUAGGGAACUCAUAACACAAUAACCACUUUAGUUCAUAAUAGUGAUUAUGGUGCCUUUAAGAAAUGGAGUUCGAUCCCUAUAGUAAUAUUGCAGUCCAAAACAUACUGUUCAUUUCUGUAAUCAGAUUCCAGCAAGCCAAAUGGCCAUAUCAUUACAUUAGGGGGGUUUUAUGACGAGAACAAAAUUAAACGUGUUAAUUAAGAGCCGCCAUUAGAACAAUAUACUAUUACUGUAUCAAACAUGAAUGUAUAAACCUAUGUAUUAUUUUAACCCAAUUCUAAGCACUAGCAUUGUCGCCGAGAUUACACGGAAUAUGGAAGGAUGUAUGAUUGUUGUUCAUGUGUAAACAUGUAUUGUAACCUUAGUGUGUUAUUUUUGAUUCUCUGAUUUGCAAGAUUGUUAUUUUCCUGCAGAAGCUGUAUAUCAGAAGGGGGAGUCUUUGUCUUCAUUUUUUUUUUUUCUUCAUUAUUUCACAGUUUUGUUUAAAAAAAAAAAAAAAAGUAAGAUACUGAGAAUGGCAGUACUUGCUUUUGUUGUGUAGGUAACAAGCCAUGACCAUUGCCAGUAUUAGAUUGUGUGUAGAUAACCAGAUGCAUAGUGACAUUGUAUUUCAUUACGAUAAUAAAUGUUGAUUAAUGUCUUGAAUUUUGGCUAACACCUUGAAGAGUAUACACUGUGACUUAAGAAGCCUUACCAUACAGUAACUAACACAUGCUGAGUACUGUAUUACGAGGAGUGAUAUAUAUGUUGCAUGCAACUGACAAAUGUAGAAAAGGAUUAAGCUAUCACUGUUAAUAAAUUUAUUAACAAUGA